CGCAGAUUGUUAUUGAGUUUUAUGGAUCCAUUUUACCCUCUUCAUCUAUACUAUUUCAAAUAUUACUGCCGACAUACGUUAUUUUUGGAUAACCUUAAAAAAUUUUUGAUGUAAAUGUUAUCGAAUUCAUUAACAAGAUUCUACGCAGAAUGAAUCAAUCAGACCCAAUAGGAAAUUCAGAAAAGAAAUAUCAAUUCGUUUCUUCGCGUAACAGCAAACACAAAUUAAAAAAAGUAUUAUCUAACUCUUCUUACAUAUUGAGUGCUACUGACAAUGAAAGAUUAGAUAAUGAAAAUAUCAAUAAAUCGCAGAGAACAAAAAUCGUUUCUAAUCCUGGUACAUCAUCGGCAGAUACGAAUAAAACGAAUACAGGGACAAGUUUUAGCGGUAGAAGAUUAUGGGUGAAUAACAGUAAAAUUCUUGAAAGAUCCUCGAAUGUUCCCAUACAUGUAAAUAACACUAUUGAAGAAGAAAGCGAAUUCAUAAGUAUAGUGACGAAACAAUUGUACCUGGCCGAAUCACAGAUGCACAAGAUGCAGAAUCUUCUAUCUAAGGCGGAGGAAAGAUUGCAUGACAAAGAUCAGGAAAUCGAAAGAUUUAAACGGAAGGUGAAGGACUUGGAGAUCAAAUGCAAAAAUCAAGAAACCCUUACGAAGAAGGAACACCAACAACGAAAUAAUCAAAUUGACAAUUCGGAGUACCUUUACAAACGAUGUCUUAUACUCGAGCAUAAAAUCUUUGAGAUGGAGAAAUUCUUAGCCGAUUACGGAUUGAUCUGGGUCGGAGAUAAUGGCACCUCAACAUUAAAUACAGAAUACGCCAUUAAUUUCAGUAAUUUUAUUGAGUCUUGUUACGAACAACUUAUCGCAAACAUCGAUCGGUUAAACAUAGCCGCAGGAAAGGGAGAGGUCCACGUGCAUCAUAACGAAAAAGGUAGUGGAGCAAGUUUCAAGACACUGCCUUGUAUAUCCUUAAAAUUUUACAAGAAUGGAAUGAUAGUUCAAGAUAGUCCUUUGCGUCUUUACAAUGAUCCAAGAACAACUUCCUUCAUACGUGAUAUCCUCGAUGGUUAUUUCCCAUCUGAAUUACAAGAAGCCUAUCCAAAUGGAGUGCCUUUCAAAGUUGAAGAUCAUAGAUCGGAAGUAUACACAAACGAUGUUAAUGUUUUUCCUGGUCAGGGUCAUCGAUUAGGAAAGCAAACAUCUAAAGACGGAUCAUCGUCGAUUCGUCUUCGUAAUUCGAAGAUUUUGUCAAAUUCUUCUCGUCAAUGCAGUCCAAGAAUAAAAGAGAAUCCUUGCAACAUUGAGUUUACUUCGUCUUUCGCUGCAAGAUCACUGAAAUCAAAAAAUUCUUCAGAUUCACAAUCUAUCGAUAUUCUUUCCUUAAGAUCUCAAAUUUUAGCCUCACACAAUAACGUCUGUUCGGAUUCUCAUCUUCAAUCUCACAUUAAUGCUGAGUUAGUUUUGAGCAGUCGUAAAGAGAAACGAGAUCUUGCUACAAAGAAUAUCGAGUAUGAUCUAUUGGUAAGAGAAAGGAAUUCUAAACUCAGAAAUGUUUCAAGAUUUCCAAGUAGCGGACGAAGUUAUCAACAUUAUUGUAACGAUAGAUUAUCGUCAAAGUUAUCACCAAUUUGUUUAGAGAAGAUCAACGAUCGAUCGCGAGCUCGAUCAAGAUCGGCAAGUAUAUCAAAUCGUCGACUUAGCAGAUCGAAUGUUUCUAAAUCAAAAUCAUUAUCCGAAGACGAAGGUAAAAUUUCUGGUAAACCUUCGGUAGAAUCACCGAGAAAUCCUCGAAUUUCUAAAUCAGCGACACAUGCUAGCAAACCAGCUCCUCCUAUCUUACAUCAAAUCAACGAGCCCAGUGGAAAGUCCGGAGAGCUUCGUUUGAAGGUGAGGUCAUUAAAUGGCGGCACUAUUUAUCUCGUUCACUUAUCUGCAGACGAUUUCAUCGCUAAACUUUACGAACUAUUGAAUGAGGCUUUACCUGCAACUUGGCACAAAGGAUACAAGAUUCUCGUUAGUGGAUAUUCGCCAAAACGAUUAGAAGAAUUAGGAUCGUCCUUGAGAGAAAGUGGUAUUACACGGGAUAGCGUGCUUCAUUUGGUAAAAGAUGGAUGAAAAUCAUUUAAUUCACUUAAUUAACAUCCUUGAUUAAUACCAUUGUAUGACAAGUUAAUAUUAUUUUUUAAGGAAAACAGGUAAAAUAUCCAUUUCAUUCAUCGAAUUUGUUAAUCGAUUGACAUUUUAUAUAAGUGAUUA